AUGUUCUCGUCGCGCACAGUCAUUCUUCUGUUUCUCUUCGAUGUGAUAGCUAUUAUUGGAUCCAGCAAUGGAAAGUCUUCUUCAAUAUUUCCUCAUUGGCAAAAACACAGGGCUUUAAUGGCUUCUAGACUUCUUCUCAUCGUCCUCCUCGUACUUGUGUCUCUCUCUGUAACUUCGGUAUAUUCUCUUGCCACAAGAGAUGCUGUUUUCAAACAAGACGGUGAAUCAUAUUUUUUGGCUACGAGGGAUCAAGGUUCUUCGAUGAUCGAAGUUGAAGAUAUAGCGAAAGCUCGAAGUCUUCAAGCGCUGGUCGCUGGCUCAAAAGUUGUUGUGAAUAAAGCUUCUAAGAGCACUUCAACCAAGAGUUCGAAAAAGAAAAAACAUAAGAGCAAGAAAGUAGGAUCACUGAAUGUUGGGGAGAUUGUCGGAAUCAUAUUCACAGCUAUUGUGGUUACCAUUCUGAUCAUCGGUCUUAUAUACUACCUCUUGUGCCUGUGGAACAAACAUAAAAAGUCUCCAAGCAGUGAACAAGAUACAGAAAAAAUCAACGGGUCAUCAGAAACUCAGACUUCCAAAACAGAGGAUGUUGUCUAAAAGCAUCGCUAGUACCAUCACCUGAGAGAACCAAAUAAAUUUCUGUGAUUUUUUAUUAGUUAAUUCUAUGUAAUGCGUUUCGUGCGUAUUAAAUUAUUGUUCACGUUACUUUUUUUUUUCUUGUACAUGCGUAUCAACUUUUAUGAACCCUGGUUUUUAAAUUCAGUAUCAAACUCCUGUCAUAUUGAAACUGAUUUAACGGGUAUCAAUUUC